UCCUGUGAAAGCCUGCGUGCGCUAGUACGGCUUGCCACUCAUUCCCAGAAUCCUUUGCGGUUUUACCCCAGAAUGACGUCACCAGCUGCUGAGGAGGAAGCGCUUGAGCUGCAGCUGUGCUCAGCAGGGAGUGACGAUAACGUGUGAUGACGCUGUGACGCCGAUGACGUCAUCGUGCGUUCUGGAGCCGUCAAUCUUCUGUCUGAGGUAAUUCCUGAUCUAUACGGUGGAGGGCAGUAACGAUAAAGCGCUCUAAGAGAAGCAGCAGAAUGACAUGGUGUUUGCGCACGCGCAGACUGGCUGCCUUCCUGGCUCUGACGUCAUCUGCUCCUCCUGGUAGGGCCGGGAUGUGACGGGCUGAUGCUGCUGAGCUAACGAGCUGAAAUCAAGAGGUUUCUCACGGAGAACGGUGGCUAAUAGUAACAGGAGCGGCUCGCGGAGAUAACGUGGCCCCUGACGUCACUCCGAGAGGAGCCGGAGCCCACACAGGAAUCACGGUUUGUGUCAGUGCCUGCUGACGGGAGCGCGGCAGGAUGAGCGGGGCGGCACUCGGCAUCGAGAUCGUGGUGGUGUUUUUCUUGGCGCUGUUCCUGCUGCACCGAUAUGGAGACUUCAAGAAGCAGCAGCGCAUGGUGCUGUUCGGCACGCUGCUGGCCUGGUACCUGUGCUUCCUCAUCGUUUUCAUCCUGCCUCUGGAUGUCAGCACGACAAUCUACAGGCAGUGCGAGCACGACCACAAGGAGCAGACAUCUGUUCCCGCCCUCGUCUCACCGCUGUCCAAUCACACGAUAGUAAACACAACUGGUGCACCCACAAAAAGUGUACAAACGCUGUGCCACAAGCCGUGGAGCUACAUCCCUGAUGGCAUCAUGCCAGUGUUCUGGAGGGUGGUGUACUGGACCUCUCAGUGCCUCACGUGGCUGCUGCUGCCCUUCAUGCAGUCGUACGCUCGCUCCGGGGGCUUCUCCAUCACCGGGAAAAUCAAAACGGCACUGAUUGAGAAUGCCAUUUAUUACGGGACAUACCUGCUCAUUUUCGGCUCUCUGCUCAUUUACGUGGCCGUUCAUCCUGAGUUGCACCUCUCAUGGUACGGGCUACAGACCAUCGGGAUCACCGCCGCCAACACCUGGGGUUUGUUCCUGCUGGUGCUGUUGCUCGGGUACGGGCUGGUGGAGAUCCCUCGGUCCUACUGGAACGCCUCCCGGCACGGACACCUACUCAUCAAGACCUACUUCAAGGCAUCCAAACUGAUGACGGAGAAGGCGGAUGCAGAAGAGAACCUGGAAGAUGUCAUGGAGGAGGUGAGAAAAGUCAGCGAAUCCAUCAAAUACAACCACCCGCUGAGGAAGUACAUCGACACCAUCCUCAGGAAAUGCCCCUUGGACUACCAGGAGAAGAUGGGCAGGAACAUGGACGACUACGAGGACUUUGAUGACAAACAGAAUACGUACCCGACGGAGAAGAGCCUGGUGAAGCUUCAUAAACAGGUGAUCUACGCCGUGCAGAGACACAACAGGACUCGUGUGCAGUGGCAAAUCCUCCUGCAGCAGGCCAUCCACCUGGAGGACGUGGCCAAGAACGAGACCAGCUCCACCCACCAGUUUGUCCACAGCUUCCCUUCAUCAGAGCCGGCCGGCUGGUUCAGCAGAUACAUCUACACCCCGACUGUAGAGUGGUACUGGGAGUGCUUCCUGAAGCGCUGGUUUUACCGCCUCCUCGCCAUCGUCCUGACUCUGUUCAGCGUGGUUGUGGUUUGGUCCGAGUGCACCUUCUUCAGCACACGGCCCGUCCUCUCGCUGUUCGCCAUUUUCAUCCAGUUGGCUGAGAGAGACUACAACUACCUGUACAUCGAGAUGGCGUGCUUUAUUACAAUCUUCUUCCUGUGCACCUGUGUUUACUCCACCGUGUUUCGCAUCCGAGUCUUCAACUACUAUUACCUGGCCUCUCACCACCAGACCGACGCCUACAGCCUCCAGUUCAGCGGCAUGCUGUUCUGUCGUCUGACUCCUCCUCUCUGUCUCAACUUCCUGGGUUUGAUCCACAUGGACUCCACCAUCUCCCACCAGGAAAAGCUGCAGACUGCUUACACUUCUAUCAUGGGAUCCAUGCGGGUCCUCUCUUUCAUUGCUAAUGGCUUCUACAUCUACUACCCCAUGCUGAUCGUCAUCCUCUGCAUCGCCACCUACUUCAGUUUGGGGACUCGCUGCCUGAAUCUUCUGGGCUUCCAGCAGUUUAUGGAUGACAGUGAAAUGACCUCUGACCUGAUCGACGAGGGAAAGGAGCUGAUCCGCCGUGAGAAAAGGAAGAAGCAGAGGAUUGAAGAUGGUGAGAACAGACGUAGGGAGUGGAAGGAGCGCUACGGGAACCCGAGAGAAGACUACGCUGCGAGGAACAGGAGCAGCCACGAGAUGAAGGAGACGAGCUACUCAGACACCGUGAGCUCCAGCAACAGCAGACAGGCUAAAUAUUCCCGGUCUGGGAGCCGAGCAGAGAGGGACCGCAUUGAGCUGCUGCACGACGCCGAGCCCUUGGACUUCAACGCCGACGCGCUGACAGACGACCCACCGGACGCUGAGUCUGGAAGGCACUCUGGAGGACGGUACCUGUCCAUGUCGUCAUCUCGUAGCCGAAUAUUUGACGACGUCUAGAAGAGAAGUCUGAAUCACUGUCCACACGUCCACCUGCAGCAUGACCUCCAUCACUCAGCACUCGGCAUGCACACUGAAUAAAAGUCGCUCAGGUCAACUUCUUCGCCUGCAAACAUCUGCGUAAACACUUUGCAUCCGUUUCUGUAUGCGGCUGCAGGUCCAUGAAGGCACUUUUAAAGGAAUAUUAAAAUUACUCAGCAUGUGACAGACUGCAGGCCUGAGCUUCUUAACAGAUCAAACACUCAAUUUACUGCAUGUCAUGAAGGCAGGAGAGGCAGUCUGAGCACAUGAAUGUGAAUCACUUUAUCCGCAGGUUUCAUGGAGGUCCUGCUAAUAUAUUUAAUUUCUAGUGUUUAUUCUUUAAUGUUGUAGAUUUAUUUAACUGUCUGUCACGAUGGGAGCUGUUAGGAUUCGCUGAUUCAGUCACUGAUAAACCUGAAAUCCUUCAGUCAUGUAGGAGGUCAGGGCUUCAUGUCUAUGGGAUUAAUGCGCAGUUUAAUUGAAUCUGUAUUUCUCUGUAAUUUAAAGCUGAUUGGGAGGUGAUGGUAUCUGAAACCAUAUAAUCACUGUAAACUCUGUGAUUAAUUACCUGAUCGACCAUCAACAAUUUCACUGUGUUUAAACAGGAAUGAAUCCAGUUUUACUGUAAUAUAUACAGUACUGUGCAAAAGUCUUGAGCCCUCGUUUCCCUCAUUUCUUUACAUUUUGCAGGAAAACUGGAAAGGUGUAGCGAUUUACUGAAAUAGGCAAAUAUUAAUUAAAACGUCCAGAAUAUGAGGAGUUCUAACGAGCUUGAAAAGUGAAUGUUUGCUCCGACCUUCAUCCUUCAGCCCAGUCUGAUCUGUCGUCUUUGUGAGGAUAUACAGGAACACUUCUCCAGGCUUCUUGAAGGACAUUCAAAGCUCUUCUUUGGAUGUUUCUCCCUUUUGUGGAUAAUGAUGAUGAUGAUGCCACAUUUUUAUGUCAUGCUGAGCUCUGUGCUCUGAGAAGACCAGACCAUGACUGAUGGUGUUAUUGUUACAGUACAGCAGUGAGGUCACUGUGAGGUCACUGCUGUACUGUUUUUCCUAUUUCUUAAGGAUGUGACUUUAACAUACUGUUCAGAAAAUAUUAAAAAUAUUACAAGAAUGCUUGACUUUGAAGCAAAAUAUAAACAAAUUAAGGGCAGCUCAAGACUUUUGCACAUUACUGUGUCCAGUUGAAGGAAAUAUUGACAGGUGUUUGCUUCAUACAUGGAUUACAGAAGUAAGAAAAAGAGAAGUGACCUUUUAAAAAGCAGUUUCAUUUUACAGGGUAUCCGCUGUGCUGGUCAUUCUUACAAAGUUGUCACAUUUUAGAGCUUCGGAUGGUCUUUUUUACCUUCCAGGCAGCCAGCGUUAGCUUCUUUCAUCUUAAGUAGGCAGUUCAAGUUUAAACCUGCUGACUUGUUCAUGUAAAGUGAGCAGAGUUUCAUCUGUGUGCUGUUAGAUUUAUAUUUGUUUUUGUUUACAUUAUAAUAAACUGGAAAUAUAUAGUACCAAGAGCAGAUCCCUGAGGAACCCCAGGAGUCAACGAGGGGUUGUAGCUGCUUAUGAAUGUAUUUAUUAUAUUUAUUAUAAAGUAAAGAGGCUGAGGCUGCCUGGAAUGUAGGAAAAACAAUAUAAAAACAUGACAGUGAGCUUAGGAGGAUUUCUUCAGUCACAUUUUUAUGAAGCACUAGUUUAUAGCACUAAUAUGAAGUGAGCUAAAUCUCUAAAGCAAAGAACUGGUCCUUUAAAUAGCGUUAGCAUUACGUGUUGCGGCGUUGAUGAAGAUCCUGCUGGCAGAAAUGAUCUUCAGUCAGAAAGGUUGAUGGUCAGGAUGAACCUGGACACUUCUCUGUACAUAUGUAUCAUAUCUUUUGUAUGAUAUGGGAUAAUUAUUGAUAGAGACAGACGUGAAUUUGUAUUUAUAUUUCUUUUUUCUCAGCCUGUUAACACUGUACCUUCUCUCAGUGACCUCCUGCCUUUACAAACGGCUCUUCUGUUUCUGUCUCAUCGUUCUGGUGAUGAAUAUUUAUCGUCCACCAUGAUCACAGCACAUUGUCUGGUUCUGGGGAGUAGACCGUGUGUUGAUCUGAGUCCUGUGAUUUACAGUAGUGAUUUAUUCCCAAGACAAAAUAAAAAUGUCCUCUGCUGCUGUGUUGUUACACAAUAAAAAUGACUGAGGUGUCAGAAAUGG